UACCGGUCAGUUCCAACCCUGGCCUUGUCCCGACCGGGCGCCGGCAGUCAAUAACGCUGUACACCUGAUAAACGUCCGAUAUCAAAACGAUUCGUAUUCAAAGAUAAAACAAUGGUUAAGAAAAAUGUAUCAAGAUUAUUAUUUGUCACGUUUAUGGCGUCAGUAUUACAAACAGCAUUGUCUGUGGAAGACGUACCAAACACAAAUAUGACGAAAUCACUCAAAGUUCUUGUCUCAUCGAACGACUACCUCGACAGUGGUAUCAAAGUUUUAGAAGAACAUUUUACAGUUGUGAAAAGUCGAUACCAAAACUUCAGCGAAGAAGGCAUUACCAAAAAUAAAGAUGAGUUACUCGACCUUAUUCCGGGAUGCUCUGCGCUUGUCUGGGUCUCUCACCAUCCCAUUACUAAAGAGCUACUGGAUAGAGCAGGUCCUCAGCUAAAGGUAGUGAGCACAGCGUCUGCGGGUUACAACCACUGCAACGUACCGGAGCUGAAGAAGCGCGGCAUCAAGUUAGCCAACACGCCUGGAGUGCUGAGCGCCGCGGUCGCAGAAGUCGCCAUAGCCCUCAUGUUGGGCGCCGCGAGACGCUUCACCGAAAACCUUGAUCAGGUGCACAGUGGUGAAUGGGAAAUAGGUUUCGACAAAGUCCUCGGACAAGACAUCCAAGGCAGCACAGUUGGUAUCAUCGGACUGGGCGGCAUAGGGCAGGCCACGGUCAAGCGGCUACGCGGCUUUGACGUUGAAAAAUUCCUCUACACAGGUCAUCGCGAAAAACCUGAAGCCAAGGAGCUUGGCGCUGAGUUCGUAAACCUGGACACGUUGCUGGCCCAUAGCGACUUCGUGGUUCUUGCCGUGCCCCUCACCGACGAGACCAAACACAUGAUCAAUAAAACCACGCUUGCCAAGAUGAAGAAGAACGCUAUACUCAUCAACGUCGGUCGCGGAGAUCUAGUGAACCAAGACGAUCUGUACGAUGCCCUGAAGAACAGGGACAUCUACUCCGCCGGACUUGACGUCACCACGCCGGAGCCAUUGCCCAAAGACCACAAGCUGUUGACGUUGCCUAACAUCUUUAUUCUUCCUCACAUCGGUAGCGCGACUAUCGGAACUCGCAACGCUAUGGCUGUGCUUGCCGCCAAAAACGUUGUCAACGCCCUCAACGGAAAACCUCUAAUUACACCUGUAUUGGAAUAAUUCAUUAUAAAAUAAUAACACUAUUUAUAACAUUUAAAAUGUAUCUAAUAUUCUGUAACUAUUUAAUAAUUACGUUCAAAUAAAGGCUAAUUUGAAUGUCGCGAUGUGAAUUUGUUUAACAUGGCCAUGGCCACAAUCGUCGUGAAGACGAUGAGAUACUGCCGUGUAGUGAUAACCUUUACUAACUUAACCUCUUAAACAUUUUAAAAUGUAACAGAAACAUUAAAUAAUUACACUUUUA